GAUUUUUAAGCCCCACACCUUCCCACCUAGUCACCUUUGUUUCAUCAACCUAGAAUGCACUCCCUUUUAUCUUUGCAAACAUGAAAAUGAACCACAAACCUUAAAGAACUGUAUACCUACUAUAACCAUUCAUUCCCCUAGCUAAAUUCUGUUAAAUUCCUAUUCAGACUUCAAAGCCCAGAUUACAAACCUUCUCCAAGAAACUCCUCCCAUUCCCUAGUCUUCAAGAUAUGAGAGAUAACUCAUAACACACUUAGUUAAAAUCCCUUUAUGACCCUUAUGUAGCCUGUCUUAUGUAAUUACUGGUCUAUCUUAUUAACUCUUCUAGACUGAACUCUCAUACCCUGCUAUUAGACUGGGCACAGCCUGGAAAAAGAAAAAGUAGAAAGGUGCAGACAAGAGAGUCAAGAUGCCCAUCCAAGGCACCGAUACAGGGAAGAUAUGAGAGAAUAGAGGAAGGGAAGCAAGUUUAGAUUUCCAUAAAACAGGAUGGGGGAGAGGGAUGACAUAUUAACCCUAGGAAUCAAAAAAGGGGCAGUACUGCUAGUAAGACUAAUUCAGUAAUUAGAGGGGAGAAGAGGAGGACAGGUACAGGAAGUUUGUAAUGAAUGUCCAGGUGCCUGACAGGUCUGGACAAAGGUUGGAGCUGGCCUCAGCAAGGGUAAGCUGUGAGGAAAAGAAUGAUAAUCAUAGGAGUGGGGACCCUCAGAAGGCCAUUAUGCUAGGGAGAGAAAACAGGAAGAGCCUGAAAACCCUUAGGCAAUGUUUAGGAAUGAGGGCAGGGGCUGUGCCUAGGUGAAGCUAGAUGUGGGGGUUCAACGGAAAACAGGAGGUAUAGGCAGGGAUGGGGAAGUGGUAAGAUGUUCAGGUGAGGCUGGAGAAGUCCAAGACAUAAGGUUAGGGGAGAGGAGAACGUAUCUAAGAGCCUGGGGGGAGGUACUCCACCCUCUCACACCCCGCCCCCCCCAUCGAGGUCAGGGUUUGAUAUCCAGGUGCAGUUGUUGGUGAGUCAAAACAGUGAGGGCGGGGAACCAGAAAAGGUAUCCGGGUGGGUGAAGUCUGGCCAGUAGAGAGAGUUCAAUAUCCAGGUGUAGCUGAUGGUGAAUCAAGACAGCAAGGUUUGGGAACAGGUGUCCAGGAGAGGCUGGGCAGUAGGGAGGAGGCUGUAGAGGGACAGUGUCCAGGUAAGGCUGGGGACAGGACUGAGCAGUAAGGGAGGGAGGAGGAUGUCCAGGUGAAGCUGGGGGCCAAUCAGGGCUGGGGCGGGAGCAGGAGAGAAGCAAUCCAGGUGAAAUCGGAUGUGAGGCUCAGUGGGGGGGAAGUUGGUGUGCACGUCCACGCACCAGUAAGAUGUCCAGAUGAAGCUGGGGCCAAUCAAGGCAGUCAGGAUGGGGGUGGGGCGGGGAGGUUCCACGGUCCCGCGCGCCCCGCCCCCUCACUGCGGGGUAUGAUGUCCAGGUGAGGAUAGGGGCCAUCUAGGCCGUUAGGCCCGGAGUCGGGGGAGAAGCCAUCCAAAUGAGGCUGGACGUGAGGCUCGGUGGCUGCCACCACACCUUCCCCUGGCCCCCCGCGCGCGGGGUGUGAUGUUCAGAAUAGAAAACGGGUUUAGAACGGUCAAGUUACUUGCCCAAACCACUCAGCGUUAAAGAUGCCUCGGAGGAAGAAGAAAGUUACAGAAACUACUGAAUCUGAGAGAUUGGAGGAGGAGAAUCAAAUCCUCAAAGUAAAGAAGAUGGAAAAUUUAUUCAUUGUCAUAUCUGAUAGUGAUGAGGAACCUGGGGAAGAGAAUGGAUUGCUGAGGACAAGGACAAUGCAACAGUCGGAUAGAGCAAAGUGUGCAGCCAAAAGAAAAAUUACACAGAUGACCGAAGAUGAACAGUUUGCUCUGGCUCUGAAAAUGAGUGAACAGGAAGCACGGCAAGUGAAUGACCAGGUGGAAGAGGAAGAGGAGCUCUUAAGGAAGGCCAUCGCUGAGAGCCUGAAUAGUUGCCAGCCUUCGAAUUCUUCUGCUACAAGUCCUGCACCUUUGUUCACUGGAAUACUUGCACAGUACCACCAAGAAAAACCAGUGGUUUCUGAGACUUCUGAAUGCUUGUUUCCUUGUCCUGAAUCUCCACACUCAUCUGUCACAUCCCUGUCACAGGGAUCUCAAUCUGGACAGAGAGAAAUGCCCAAAAGCCCUCUGGUGAUGCUGAAGAGGUUAAGUCAAGAAAUAGUUGAAAGCUCAUUAUUAUCAAGCAUAAUUUUAUCUCAAGAAAAGAGCCAGCCUUCGCUUAAAUCCAAUGAAGCACCUUCUUCACCCAUGUUAAGUGACUCUAGUGAUAAUUUAUCAAGUCCUCCUGGUAAAAAACAGGUUGUCCUGAGCCCUACCUUUUCUCGAGUACCUAUAGGAACAUGGCAGCUGGUACCUCGGAAAUUGUUUGCAAACCCAUGUGUUAGCCAAGAAGAGGAGAUUGAGGGAAGAGAGAAGUGUUUGGAUCAUGGUGGAAACUUGGAAAUGCAGCCAAUCACUGACAGUUCAGGAAUUGAGGAUAAACCCACGAAGACAAUUCUUGAGAGUAAGAACUCUAACUUUUUUGACAGUGGAACUAGCCAGUGGGCUGAGGAUAUAAAGUGUAAACAACUUGAAGAAAAUAGUAGACUAGGCUAUGGUUCUCUCAUGGCUACACAAGGGGAAGGAAAGGCAUCUCAACUCUGUCUCCCUAGCACAAUUGAUGUCAAGAGUCUGCAGGAGGAAAUUGGAGGCACUGUGCACUAUUACUGGGGCAUCCCAUUCUGUCCUAUUGGAGUGGACCCUAACCAGUAUACUAAGGUUAUUCUGUGUCAGCUAGAGGUUUAUCAGAAAAGCCUGAAAUUGGCUCAGAGGCAGCUUUUUCAGAAAAAAGAGUUUGGAGAGCCAAUAUUACCCAGCUGUCAUUCUCUGCUGCAAAAGGAUCAUGAUGAAAGAGAGCAAGCCAAAGGAGUAAAUGAAGCUAUCACAAAAGAGAUAGGAAAUAACACAGAAGCAAGGAGAGAAUCAAGGGCAUCUACCUUGCGCCAAAAAAGUAAGAAUCCCCACAGGAGCCCAUUGCAGAAUUUGAAAGAAAAACCUUUGUUGGAGGAAGAACCAACAACCAGUCACCAUCAGAAUUCCCAGGUCCUAUUUGCUGAGGAUACACCUGAAGAGGAUGAAGUGAUGACAGUUACAUCAAGCCCCACUGCUCUAAGCCUGUUGACCACUAAGAGAAGCCCAGUCAUUGCCAGGGGAAGCUCUGCAGAAGAGAUCACUGUCUGCCCAGAGACACAACUAAGUCCGUCUGAAGUUCUUGAACUAGAGAGAGAAGAGGAGUGCUUAUCUAGUAAAGAAAGACCUGUUAAGGCUGCUGUCGAUGAAAAUAUUGAGAAGGAAAUGUCUACCUCCAUCUUCUCGGCUCAUAUCCAGGUGUCCUGCCCAAUGUGUGACCAGGGUUUCCCGCCCACAGAAAUUGAGCUGCAUGCCAUGUAUUGCAAUGGUUUGGUGGGGGAGGAAAGCAGACACUCACCAGUGUUGACUCGGAAAAGGAAACGGGCCAAGAGUAAGAAUGACAAUGGGAGAGAUAUCCAGCCAUCCCUAGACAUUGACAAGAGUGAGAAAUGUUACCUGUGCAAAUCCCUGGUUCCUUUCAAAGAGUAUCCAAGUCAUGUAGACUUCUGCCUUCAGAUUGCAACAGAUAACCAGGGAAACAAAGUGGAAAGAGGCAAUGGACAGCCUUCAGAUUUUGAAGGAAAAGGUGUGAGGCAGAGGAACACAAGGGAAGGGAAUAGGAAUGGAGGCCGACUCCUCAGCUUGUUGGAGCAAUCUGAAUAUAAGUCUGCUGAUACUGAUAUGAAGACAGAGUCAUCAGAAGGAGAAGCUUUCAGGUAUCUUCCCUCAGAGAUGGAGAAGGCAGAUUGUAGCAGAGAAGACCAGAGCUCCUUUAACUUGAACGACUCUCCCAUCAAGUCUUUUGUUUCUAUUUCCGAAGCCAAGGAUUGCCUGGUAGACUUUAAAAAGCAACUUUCCAUUCGACCAGGCAAUCGGAAACGGACCAAAGCAAGCAGAGGAAAGAGAAGAAAAUCUUGAGCUUCUUACAAUGAAAGAUUGACAGAUUCCUGAAAGAAAUAUAUGGCUGGACUUCUUUCAGCAGGCCCUCUACUAUUCUUUCUUUACCUGUUGGUUAGGGUCAGGCCAUACCAUUGUCAUUAUCAGCACAACUACGCAGUCUUUAAAAAAAUAUUUUCUAUGAUCUGCAUAGGGAAACAGUGUAUAGAAUUUGUGGCUUCUAAUUGCUUGUUUGAAAUUGCUUAUAGUUAAAAGAAAAUUUAAAUAUAUUUAUGUAUGUUUAUAAGAAACUGAA